AGCGACCUCUUCAGCGACGAAGACGAAGAAACCCCACCGCCUCCCCCCCUCUCUCCAUGGGUUCUUGAAGCUGCUUCUUCUUCUUCUUCUUCGUCGUCGUCGUCGUCUUUUUCCACUCCCUUUUCGCUCCUAUCUCGAUCCGUCGACGGCGAUCGCAGGGGAAAAGAGGAGGAGGAGGAGGAGGAGGAGGCGACGAUGUUGGAGGAUCAGGUCGCGUUCUUGCUCCAAAAGUACCUCGGCAACUACGUCCGAGGCCUCAAUAAGGACGCUCUCAAGAUCAGCGUGUGGAAAGGUGAUGUAGAGUUAACGAACAUGCAGUUGAGGCCAGAGGCACUUAAUGCCUUGAAGUUGCCCAUUAAAGUUAAGGCAGGAUUUCUCGGGUCAGUGAAGCUUAAGGUUCCCUGGAGCAGAUUAGGCCAGGAGCCUGUUCUAGUUUAUCUUGAUCGUAUUUUUGUUUUAGCUGAAACUGCAACCCAAGUCGAGGGAUGUAGUGAAGAUGCUAUACAAGAGGCUAAGAAGAUUAGAGUGAGGGAAUUGGAAACAAAGCUAUUAGAGAGUCAGCAGCAGCUGAAAUCUGAAAUGAGCUCAUCAUGGCUUGGAUCAUUUAUUAACACAAUAAUCGGAAAUCUGAAGCUGUCGAUCACUAAUAUCCAUAUAAGAUAUGAAGAUACAGAGAGCAAUCUUGGCCACCCAUUUGCAGCUGGUUUGACACUUGGAAAGCUUUCGGCAGUAACAGUUGAUGAUUUUGGAAAGGAAACAUUUGCAACAGGGGGAGCUUUAGACCGAAUCAGGAAGUCUGUGGAACUUGUGCGUCUUGCUUUAUAUUUUGAUUCUGAUAGCAGUCCAUGGACUGUGGACAAACACUGGGAGGAUUUGCUUCCUUCAGAGUGGAGCCAGAUUUUUGAACUUCCAAAAGAAGAUGGUACAUGUUUGAGUUCUCCUUCAAAAGAACACUGUUACGAACAUUGUUACAUCCUACAACCAGUGACAGGCAACGGAAAGUACACAAAGUUGCGGCCAGAUGAAUCCAAAAAUACGGGACAGGCACUGCAGAAAGCAGCAGUUGAUUUGGAUGAUGUUACGUUAUCUUUAUCCAAGGAUGGGUACAGGGAUAUAUUGAAGAUGGCGGAUAACUUUUCUGCGUUUAAUCAACGUCUGAAGUAUGCUCAUUAUCGUCCAUCUGUACCAAUAAAGUCCGAUCCAAGAGCUUGGUGGAAGUAUGCGUACAAAGUGGUAAUUGAUGAAUUGAAGAAGGCGAGUGGGAAGCUAUCAUGGGAACAAGUGUUAAAACAUGCAACGCUUCGUAAGAAGUACGUAUCUCUAUAUGCAUCUCUCCUGAAAUCUGACGUCAACCGUCAGGUGGUGGAUGACAAUAAGGAGAUUGAGAAUCUUGAUCGUCAGCUUGAUAUUGAAGUUAUUCUACAAUGGAGGAUGUUAGCACACAAGUUUGUAGAGCAGUCACUACAAUCUGAUGUAAAUACUAACAAGCAAAAUGUUAGGCGCUCUUGGUGGUCAUUUGGACGGACUGGGCCUGCCAAGGAUGAAACUGACUUCAAGGGUUUCACUGAAGAAGAUUGGGAACGACUUAAUAAGAUCAUUGGCUACAAGGAAAACUCUGAUGAAUACCUAUUGAGUGUCCAAGAUAAGGAGUUACUUCAAUUUUCUUUAGAAGUACAUAUGAAACAUAACGCAUCUAAGCUCAUUAUUGAGGGUCAGGAGUGCCUUGCUGACUUAUCCUGCGAAGGGUUUAUAUGUAACAUGAGAACUUAUGCUGAGACCAAAAUAUUUGACUUGAAGUUGGGUUCGUACCGCUUGUCUUCCCCGUAUGGUCUUCUUGCUGAGAGUGCCACUGCUGCUGACUCUUUUGUUGGUAUCUUUUCGUACAAGCCUUUCGAUGCUCCAGUAGAUUGGAGUUUAGCUGCUAAAGCUUCUCCAUGUUAUGUGACUUAUCUGAAGGAAUCGAUUGAUCAAAUUGUUGCUUUUUUCAAAAGCAGCUCUGCUAUUAGUCAAAAUCUAGCUUUGGAGACUGCAGCUGCUUUGCAGAUGACAAUCGAUGGAGUCAAGCGCACUGCGCAAGAGCAAGUGACGAGGGCAUUAAGGGAAAAGUCGAGGUUUACUCUGGACCUUGAUAUAGCUGCUCCCAAGAUUACCAUACCCACCAAAUUUUGCCCAGAUGAUGUGCACGAAACGAGGCUUUUGCUUGACUUAGGAAAUUUAAUGCUCCGAACACAGGAUUUGUGGGACUCUGAACAUUCGCAGGAGAAAGAUAUGUAUUUGCAGUUUAAUUUGGUACUGAGUGAUGUAUCAGCAUUUCUGGUCGAUGGUGAUUACCAUUGGAGCGAAUCACAUGUCCAGAUGAUUUCUAAUCAAUCACGCAAUAGCUUUUUUUUACCAGUUAUCGAUAAGUGUGGGAUUGUCGUAAAACUACAGCAGAUUCAAUUGGAAAACCCUUUCUAUCCAUCAACAAGAGUUGCCAUACGGCUGCCUUCGCUGGGAUUUCAUUUCUCCCCUGCUCGCUACCACCGAUUAAUGCAAGUUGUAAAGGUCUUUCAGGUCGAAGAUAGCACUAGUCAGGAUACGGUGAACUUAUGGAAUCAGGCUGAUUUUGAAGGAUGGUUGUCUGUUCUCACGUGGAAGGGUGUAGGAAACAGGGAAGCUGUUUGGCAACGCAGAUACCUUUAUCUUGUAGGGCCAUAUCUAUAUGUACUGGACAAUCCUACAUCUACAACAUACAAACACUAUCUCAGUUUGCGAGGGAAGCAAGUUCAUCAAGUCCCUGCUGAACUCACAGGUGGUCUGCAAAAUAUCCUGGCGUUGCUUGACUCUGGACAGUAUAAUCCCAAGGUACUGGAAGAUGGAAGUGCAUUGAUUUUACUAUGUGAUAAUGAUGAAAUACGGAAAACAUGGUACAAUCGCCUACAAGGAGCUAUAUAUCGUGCAUCGGAAGCGGUUUCUCCACCUCACAGUGAGAGGUCGAUUAUGGAUUUACAUCACAGGAAAAAUCAUUACAUUAUUCCACAGAAUAAGCUUGGUCAAGACAUAUACAUACGAACUUCAGAAUUUAGGAGAGUUUCAAAUGUUAUCAAAAUGCCAUCAGGAGGUGACAAACCUGUAAAAGUUCCAGUUUCGAAGAAUCUGUUGGAUGCCCAUUUAAAAGGGAAGCAUGAAAGAGAAUUUCGGUCAAUGGUGACUAUCAUUAUUGGUGAUUCUGAGGUAAGUUCUCAUCUAUUGCAGACAAGAGUUUUGCACAUUAUGGGGGGCAUCUUCAAUAUCCCCCCAUGGUUCUUGACACAAGUUGAUCCUGCCUUCCUUUCCCUUUUCCCUUCCCAUUUUAUGUUGAUGAGCUUGGGAUGCUUCCCUAAGUCAAACUGGGCAUACGAAGCUUAUAAGGGUAUAUAUGUGCAGAAACAUGGAACUAAUGGUAGUGAGGAAUCCCAAGGAAGAAUAAGAUGUGCAGUACUCCUUUCAGGCAAACAGGAAAUUACAAAAGAUAAAGAGGAUAAUAGUACCAGCAGCAGGGCUGGAUAUAUUCAGAUAAGUCCUACCAGAGAUGGGCCAUGGACUACUGUGCGGCUAAAUUAUGCAGCACCAGCCGCGUGUUGGAGGUUUGGCACUGAUGUCAUUGCCAGCGAAGUUUCCUUGGAAGAUGGUAACACAUAUGUGAAUAUUCGCUCUCUUGUGUCCGUUACUAACAAUACGGAUAUUGUUAUUGAGCUGCGUCUUAAAGGAAAAUGUCAUACCGAAAGUUCGCGACAAGUUAAUGGAAAACAGAUUGUAUAUGCUGAAAGUGAUGAUACCAGAAUCGAAACAGAUGAGUUCUUUGAAACAGAGAUCUAUAUUCCAUCAAGUGGAUGGGUUGCCUGUCCUUCAGGCAUACCAUCAGACAAUCAACUGAAAGAGUUGCAUAAAGAUUCCGAACAUCAAGAACCAUCGAGGUUUGACUUGCCAGUCAGUUGGGAUUGGACGGAUGAUUGGCAUGUGGAUUCAGCAUCUGCAGAAACAGUUGAUGGAUGGGUUUAUGCACCAGAUACUGAGCAUUUGAAGUGGCCAAAAUCAUCGGAUCCUUCAAAUUCUUCAAACCACGCAAGGCAACGAAGAUGGAUAAGGCAUAGGAGGAAUAUUUCAUAUGAUCAAAAUGACCAAAUUUCAGUUGGAAUAUUGGAGCCUGGUGAUACUAUUCCUCUUCCAUUAACAGGCUUGACGCAUCCUGCAUUGUCAUAUGUAUUUCAGUUGCGACCAAAGAUAUCUGAUCACCCUAACGAAUACUCUUGGAGCGUUAUACAGGAGAGACAUAGUCAAACUGAUAUUUCUCGUAGACAUGAGGAGUUGUCCGGAAUAUGUGUAUCAGAUCUCAGUGAGUCCGAGAACCUCUUGUUUUGCUCGCUAUCAGAUGGAUCCUCUUCAAGUGCCUUUCGUGGUUUAUGGUUUUGUUCAAGUAUACAAGCAAAGGAGAUUGGAAAAGAUGUUCACUCAGAUCCCAUACAUGAUUGGAACAUUAUUAUCCAGUCGCCUUUGUCUCUAACACAUUACCUUCCAGUUUCAUCUCAAUAUACUAUUUGUUACAGUGAUGUUAGUGGAGACAAUAGAACUUGCUCACAAGGUACUUUAGCUCCUGGCAGAUCUGUCAAGAUUUAUAAUGCUGAUCUGAGAGAUCCCUUGUACUUAUCUCUUAUUCCGGAUGGAGGUUGGGAAGCAAUGCACGAGCCUGUUCCUGUAUCGCAUCCAACCAGAAAGCCCUCAAAAUUUAUUUGCCUCAAAAAUUCUUUUUCUGGAAGGAUUGUUCAAAUUAUACUUGAACAAAACUAUGACAAGGACCAUUUGGUGGCAAGGACAAUCAGAAUUUAUGUUCCUUAUUGGAUAUCUAGUGCAAGAUGCCCACCUCUUAUUUAUCAUUUUGUUGACAUGUCACGAAGAAGAGACAGAAGACAUCGAGGUAGUGAGAAAAUAUUUUGCCAGAUCACCCAGGAGGAAAUGGUUGGUGGUUACACCAUUGCUUCCGCAUUGAAUAUUAAAGUUUUGGGCCUCUCAGCAUCUCUAGGUAGAAGUGGAAGAGAAUCUUUCGGACCUGUCAAAGAUCUUUCUCCUCUUGGUGACAUGGAUGGUUCCGUCGACCUUUUUGCUUAUGAUAGUGACAGAAAUUGCAUGCGAGUACUUGUUUCCUCAAAGCCAUCCCCUUAUCAAGCUGUUCCUACAAAGGUUAUAUCAGUGCGGCCAUUCAUGACAUUUACUAAUAUGAUUGGCCAAGAUUUGUUUGUGAAACUUAAUACUGGAGAUCUGCCGAAGACACUAUGUGCUUCUGAUUGGAGAGUUUCAUUCACUUAUUCUGAAACAGGAGAGCCAAAUAAGCUCCAAGUUCGUCUCGAAGACACAGAUUGGUGUCUCCCUGUGGAAAUUGUAAAGGAAGACACCAUUACUAUAGUGCUGAGACAGCAAAAUGGUGGUAGGAAAUUUCUGAAAACUGAGAUCCGUGGUUAUGAGGAAAGCUCUCGUUUCUCAAUUGUAUUUCGUCUUGGACCAGGCGACGGACCAAUCAGGAUUGAAAACAGGACAAGCCAUACAGUGGUCAGUGUCUGCCAAUUUGGUCUAGAUGAAGAUGCAUCAAUCCACUUGCAACCCUGUUCAACAACGAAAUUUUCUUGGGACGAUCCUUAUGGAACUAGACUUCUUGACGUUAGUAUUGAAGGUGGAAAUGAAAUUUUCAAGCUGUGUAUUAACCUAGAGAAGCCAAUUGAGAGUUCCACUCAGUUAGAAGCUCAUGGCCUCCAGCUUCAUGUGGCGGAUAUUGGAGAUACUAAAGUUGUGAAGUUUAUGGAUGACGAAAGGACAUCACAAAUGGGACCGAUUGACAACCACGUUGCUGUCUCUAUGCAGAAUGAGAUGCAGCAGACCAAUAGUGCACCGUUGGAGCUUAUCCUUGAGUUAGGAGUUGUCGGAGUAUGUUUGAUCGACCAUAGACCUAGAGAGCUCUUGUACCUUUACUUGCAGAAAGUUUUCAUUUCGUAUUCAACAGGGUAUGAUGCCGGAACAACCAGCAGGUUUAAGCUUAUUAUUGGUUAUUUACAACUAGAUAAUCAAUUGCCAUUGACAUUAAUGCCUGUUCUUUUGGCACCUGAGGACAAGCCUGAUCUACGCCAUUCUGUUUUUAAGACAACUAUCACUAUAAGAAACGAGACUGCAGAUGGCACCCAAGUCUAUCCAUAUGUGUAUAUCCGGGUAGCUGAAAAGGUUUGGAGACUGAAUAUUCAUGAGCCAAUUAUAUGGGCUCUGGUUGACUUCUAUAAUAACCUUCGUAUUGGCAGUAAUCCCAGCAGUUCAAGUGUCGCAGAAGUGGAUCCAGAAAUUCAAAUAGAGCUGAUAGAUAUUUCUGAGAUAAGGCUGAAGAUAUCACUGGAGACUGCGCCAACUCAAAGACCGCAGGGUGUCCUUGGCAUUUGGAGCCCUAUAUUGUCUGCUAUUGGCAGUGCCUUCAAAAUUCAGGUGCAUCUUAGAAAGGUGAUGCACAGGAAUAAGUUCAUGAAGAAAAGCUCCAUCAUUCCUGCUAUUAUGAACCGUGUCAAGAGAGACCUUGUACACAAUCCUUUGCAUCUUAUAUUUUCUGUGGACGUGCUUAGCAUGACAAAAUCAACUCUAUCAUCUCUUAGCAAAGGAUUUGCAGAACUUUCAACAGAUGGACAAUUUCUUCAAUUGCGGUCAAAACAGGUAUGGUCAAGGAGAAUUAGCGGUGUAGGAGAUGGGAUAAUUCAAGGAUCAGAAGCUUUUGCUCAAAGUGUGGCCUUUGGUGUAUCUGGUGUCUUGACAAAGCCUGUUGAGAGUGCUAGACAGCACGGUCUCCUUGGGUUUGCUCACGGACUUGGGCGCGCUUUCCUCGGGUUUGUUGUUCAGCCUUUAAGUGGUGCUUUGGAUUUUGUUUCUUUAACUGUAGACGGAAUUGGCGCCAGCUUUGUCAGAUGCUUCGAGAUAUUGAAUAAUAAGUCAGUAGCCCAAAGGAUUAGAAACCCACGUGCUAUUCAUGCAGAUGGUAUUAUUAGAGAGUAUAAUAAAAGUGAAGCUGACGGACAGAUGGUCCUUUAUUUGGCUGAAGCUAGUGGUCAUCUUGGUUGUACUGAACUAUUCAAGGAACCUUCCAAGUAUGCUUGGUCCGAUUACUAUGAGGACCAUUUCUUGGUGCCACGCCAGAAGAUUGUUCUAGUAACACACAAACGUGUCAUGCUGCUUCAGUGUUCUGAUCAAGAUAAAAUCGACAAAAAACCUUCCAAGAUUAUCUGGGACGUACCUUGGGAAGAACUCCUGGCACUGGAAUUGGCGAAAGUCAGAAACCCCAGACCUUCUCACUUGAUUAUUCAUCUCAAGAACUUUAGGAGGUCGGAAAGCUUUGUACGACUUAUCAAGUGCAACACUGAUGAAGAUGAGGAUAAUGAGCCUCAGGCUGUUAGGAUUUGUUCCUCUGUUCGAAAAACGUGGAAAGUGAGCCAAACUGACAAGAGGAUCAUAGCUUUGAAGGUCCCUUCAAAACAGCGCUAUGUGCACUUAGCUUGGGAUGAUAUAGAUGGCAGAGGAUCACAUAGCCUUGUGAAGCCUAUGAUAAGACCAAGAGGAAGUUCAAACUCUGGUGACAAAAGAUUUAUAAAGCACACAGUCAAUUUUCAGAAAGUUUGGACCAGUGAACGAGAAGGUGGAGGUCGAUGUACAUUAUUUGCAAAGCAGGUCGCAGAUGAUGGCUCAAUAUGCAGCAUCUGGAGGCCUCUCUGUCCUGAUGGGUAUGUUUCAGUUGGAGAUGUUGCACGUGUGGGCACCCAUCCACCACAUGUGGCUGCCAUCUACAGAAAUUCUGACGGAAACUUUGCACUGCCUAUUGGCUAUGACCUGGUUUGGAGGAACUGUGCCGAGGACUACAGCACCCCAGUUUCAAUUUGGCUUCCAAGGCCGUCAGACGGAUACGUCGCAGUUGGAUGUGUGGCCAUGGGUGCUUAUCAGGAGCCACCGCUCGAGCUCGCAUACUGCGUGAGUGAAAGGAUAGUUGAGGACACACAAUUUGAGGAGCAGAUGGUUUGGACCGCGCCGGACGCCUACCCAUGGGCUUGUUACGUGUAUCAGCUGCAAAGCGAGGCUCUUCAGUUCAUUGCCCUGCGACGCCCCAAGGAAGAAUGCGAGUGGAGGCCCAUGAGGGUUUCUGAUUCUCAUGUUCCCCAAUUAUCGGAAGGACCUUCGGAUAGCAAAUGAGCAUCUUGUAUUGGCAGAAACUGUAUAGAAUGGCUUUACUUAGCGGAAGCAUUGGUUUGUAAAUUUCUGAGGCUUCUAUUUCUUGUAGUUGUAGGUGGUCGUGGGGUAGGCGUCUAUAUUACCUUUAUUUCUUGAAGGUUAAUAUGAAUAGAAAGUGCUAUAACUAUGUUGGCGGUGGGUCCGCCUACAAAAAUCAUUUUGUCAAACAGGAUUUAAAAAGUCAGUUUAUAGGAUAAAUUAAAGGUUUUUAUUUACCGGUUGCGGUGA